CCAACAUAAAACUACGUCAGCAGUCUCAGACAAAAUGGCGUCAUCUGAACAUCUAUUGGAAAAGCCAUCCACUGUCACACCAGUGCAACAGUCAACCGGAAACAAAGUGGAAAAUCACGUCAGCAAUGACGCUAGCAACCACGUGCAACCAUCGGGUGUGACGUCACCCCCGAAAGGUGUCCAGGUUAAGGUAGGUCCACCUUUGUAUGUAGAAAACCCAAAAACAAAUCCACAAUCCAGUGCACAAACCAAAGUUAGCGGUCAGAAGCUGACACCUCUUAUAGAUAAUUACCAUAAAGAGUUGAAGCCAGAUGGAAAAGUGAAACGAUCAAAUAGCUGGAAGAAAUAUUUCCUCAGUAAAAAGGCAAGGAAGAAUGAAAUUACCAUCAAGUUACCAGAAAUACCACCUUGUCCAGACAUGAAAAACUAUCAUUGGCCUUGGAACUGUCUAGGUGGGUUACAGACUCAGAUUUUGAUGUUUCUAAACUAAACUAACUUUAUUAAUAGUUUUGUUUGUGGAAACACCACGUAAAUUUAUUACUGCAAAGCUUUCGAUCCGUAAGCCCGGAUCUUCAUCAGUGCUAAUAAGAUGUUAUUAAUAUUAUAUUAUCAGCACUGAUGAAGAUCCGGGCUUACGGAUCGAAAGCUUUGCAGUAAUAAUUUACGUGGUGUUUCCACAAACAAAACUAUUAUAUGUUUUAUCGCCAUGGAAACAUACAAAGAACUUAUUAAACUAACUUUAUUUACACUGGAAAGAUCUGUCAGUUAUUAAAUGGUCUUCUUAGAGGUCCAGUAAAAGUUUUGCCUUGUUGAUUCAGUGCUACUACAAGAGGAAACCAGAGUAUUGUCGUUUGGAAACAUUCCAAACAUGAGACUGAAAUUGCAAUCAGGGAACUGUGUAUCGGAGGAAUUGAAUGUCCAAGUUGAAUAGUACGUGUAACGAUAACUCACCUCUAAUUCAGAAAGUUGCACACCAGCACCAUUGACAUGUGCUAUCCAGACAUUUUCUAGUACAAGAAAUACAAUUGAAAUACUUAGAGUUGUGGCUUCAUACAGUAUGUAAGAGACAUAUCGUGUAAUUUCUCUCCAUUAGGUUUUAUUAUUCAGCUACUGUGCCAAGAGGCAAAACAAGAAUAACAUAGAGGGUUGGGGCCACAGGAAGUGUAAAACAUAAACAUAAAUAUCAAAUAUCAGUAUGAGGAGCCUCUUUGUUAGUUUAUGUGGAUUUUUCCAUCAGAGAGUCACAGUAAGGCCUAUCAAUAUCCUGAAAUAAGUACCCAAAUACUCAAAGAAUAAGUGAUAACAUUAUAAUUUUUCUCUGGGGACAACAGACCCUGCUCUUCCGCUCCCUCCUGCGCAAUGCACUGCCCUGAUAUCAACACGAUUUUACAUUUGUUUAGACAAAGGCAAUACAGUGAAGAAAGAAUGCAUUCAGAAUUAUCCCGGGACAUUUUCAUACCAAGGAGCAAGAUUCCCCUACGAAGACUAUGGACAUUUAUAUGACUACAAUGCGAACGAAAAUGGAAAUUAUUAUGAUACAAAAUAAUGUAA